CUUUUUCAAGAAAACUUCCUUUUUACGUCGAAGUUUGCCAAAACAAAGACAAUUUAAAGACUUGAAGUCGUUUUAGACCACAGGAGGACUUGAUCGAGGUGGUCAAGAUGCAUUUUUCGAUCCCGGAUACACAAGAAUGCAGCGACGAAAGCGGAGCUUACACAGUGUUCAACAUCCAUGUGAAUGGUGUGGCUCACUGUUCAGUCCGCUACAGUCAACUGCACCACUUCAAUGAACAGAUGAAGAAAGAGUUUGGCCAGGCCAACCUGCCCCCCUUCCCUCCCAAAAAGCUCUCCCUGUUCACCCUGACUCCACAGCAGAUAGAGGAGAGGAGAGAACAGUUGGAGAGGUAUAUACAGAUAGUGAGCCAAGAUCCAGUGAUUGUUGGCAGUGACAUCUUUAACAGCUUUUUAAAUCAAGCCCAACAGGAGACCCAGAAGGCAGAGCCAGAGGCAGUUGAGCUGGAUGUCUUCUUAAUGAACGGGCACAAGAUCUCAGUCAGCAUCAGUUCUACAGACCAAACAGAUGACGUCCUGGAGACGGUUGCCUCCCAGAUAGAACUCUCCGAUGACUUUGUCUACUACUUCGCCCUCUUCCUGGUCAAGAAGGAAAAAGAUGGUGGGAACUCAAUUGUGAGGAAGCUUCAGGAGUUUGAAUCCCCGUACAUAUCACUGAAGACUGCAGAGAGUGAGGCAAAACACAGAAUAGUCCUUAGGAAAAACUUUUGGGAGCCGAGCAUGGACAAUGAUCUCCUAGAUGACAGGAUAGCUAUGAACCUACUGUAUGUGCAGGCUGUGAACGAUAUCGAGCGGGGCUGGGUGUUUGCCUCGAAGGAAGUACACAAACAACUUGCAGCUCUGCAGACUAAAGGCUCCAAGAAGGAGUAUCUGAAACUAGCCAGAACGCUGAAGUCCUACGGAUUUAUCCAGUUCAAACCGUGCGUGACGGACUUCCCCCAGCCGAACUGUCCCGUCAUCGUGAGCGCCGGAAACCGCGAGCUCAACUUCCGCAUCAAGGUCGCAAACAACCAGGUCAAGGAGGGCAUCUUCAAGGUCACACGGAUGAGGUGUUGGAGGAUAACAACGCAGAUCCCAGAAACCAAUGGUGCGAAUGCCCACGGAGACAGUAAGGACCUGAAACCCAAGCUGGAGGUGGCGUUCGAGUACCUGGUGGCAAAGGACAAGCUGCAAUGGAUCACUAUCGAAUCUGACCAAGCUAUCCUGAUCAGCAUGUGCCUACAGGGGAUGGUAGAUGAACUCAUCAUGAAGAAACAAGGAGGCAGGAUUAAAAGGCCGCAGGACCGAGUGAAGCGCAGUCAGAGCAGACAGUUCCUGAGGAAGGACGGGAAGACAGCUCUGCCCAAGUCCAUCUCUGCCCCGGGGCAGCUCGGGACACCUGACACCAACGGAGACGAGAACGUCAGCGCCGCGCAGAGGGCAAAGGACUCCGUACGCAGGAUAUCAGACAAGUUCUCGUCUGUGACGCUGAAAUCGACCGGCCGGAGCACACGCGGGCCGGCAGCACUUGUCGAAAACGACGUGUUCGAAGAUUCCUACAUCGGAGAUGAUGACCUGUGAUGUCAUCACGAGAGU